ACAACCACUGCUUGCUUUCUCCAAGUCAACGUCUCCAGACAUCACAUGGUACCGCGGUGAGAAAUGCUGUCGUGCGCUUACCCGACUCAUGAAAUUGCGAACUGCGCACACCAAGCGCACACUGAUUACAAUAAAUUCCCCGGUGCUUCCCCUCAUCGGUAGAGGUUAGGUGAUUAAGGGCCUGACAUGCGUCGUUGUAAUAGUUUUACGCUUCUUCAUAGGUUCGUAGAUGCACUGGACCUUGCAAUGACAAUUUUUAUGCCGAACUGAUGGUGUUCUAUGCUUUGACCGUAUUGCACAACUUCAAGGCAACAGCCAGCUAUUGUGUCGCAUGGCGACUCUUGUAUGCAUCAUUCCAGGUAUCAAUGUGCAUGGCCAUCAACCUUGUCUCCUGCACCUUCUGCCGUAUUCAUUUCGCCACUAACUCCAGAGCUUGGACCUUCUGGAAAUCAUUUAAAUGGACCUCUCUAUAAGCGUCUUUCAAAACCAGCCUCCUGAUAAUCCUCGUUCGUUCUACUCUGUGUAGCUUUCGCCGUCAACCAUGAAUUACACGAGAUCUGCGCCUGAACACUCCCAAGAAUGUCCUCACUGCAAUGAGGACUUUCCAUUGGACCUCAUUGGCCAUUUGUGGUGGAUGCAUAAGAAGGGAGAAUCCCUAACGCCCGAAGAGAAGUUGCGUAGCUGCCCCUGGCCUGGAUGCCGCGUUAAUGCGGAGGAUCUUUCUGGGCUGAAAAGACAUUUUAGAACUCACACCGAUACGAGAGGUUAUAUCUGUCCCCAUGUAGUCGAACUGCAAGACGGAGAAAUAUGCUUGUGCGGAUUUCGUGCCGCAUCUCGUCGUCUAUUCAAUGAGCACCGAAGGAUCGUUCAUGACUUCGAGCCUGUGGACGGGAGUUCUAGGGAUCCGUAUGUGGCAGACGUCCUGGAAGACAUUCAGUCCACCAAAUUACUAGGUGGUCAUCUGGAUGACACUGAACCCGAAGUCCAGCAUGAUGGCGAGUCCCAAUAUGAUGAGCUCGAGGACGAGAGUGAUGAACUUGAGGACGAGGAUGAUGAACUCGAGGACGAGGCUGACCUCCGGGAUCAAUACGAAUCUGAGCCAGAGUAUGCGUCUGAAGGACACCAGAUGGACUCCGAGGAGGAACACGAGGACGAGGAUGAGACUGAGAACGAGAAUAGGAACGAGGACGAGGAAUACGAAGAGCAUUACAAGGAGUACAAGGAGGAGCACGCCCCCGAAAACCACGUUCCUCACUCCUCUCCAGAAACCUUCGAAGUUGGUGACGAUCUACCCGACACAUUUGCGAGUCGAUCCUCCUUCGCUGCUGCUACGUGCUUGGAUGGUGGUGUCGAUGACGUUUGGUCUGAACUGGGAGAGCAGGGAAGCUAUUGGGGUCCGAGCACGCCCCCUCAGUAUCGGCUUCGCAAUGAUGUCACUUUCUUCGUUGAUGGUGUGCCGAUAUCACCUACAUCCUCCCUCGCAGACGCUACCCGAUCUGCUGGUAGUGGCAAUCGACCAAAGCUGCCGGACGUGGAAGUCCCUGGACCAGACGCAGGUCCUUCUGCUAUUCCUAUGCGAAAUGUGGUGGGAGGGCCCGUGCUGAAUGUCGCGGGAGGGCAGACUAUCCAAGGGAACUAUAUUUCGGGGCCAUUCAACAUGCCAACUCACCCUCAGGCAGAUGCGAUGUUCUCGGAUGAUUUUGCUCGGCAAAUUUUUGCAUUGCAGAAGCCGCUGCUGAUGGGAUAUCGCGCUCGAUACCAACCAGCUAUAGGAUGUUAUACCGUUUUACGAAUAAUGUACGUCAUGAACGGACAGAUCUGCCAGGCCGAGGUCGAGUUGCGCUGAUGAAUCACCGUUCAAACCCUUUCAAUUGCUACUGGGAUAUUGAUUUCGGGGCGCGCCACUGCUUCGUUGCUACGAACGCCCUAACACAAGGUUGGAUUAUCCCUCCUCACAGACAUCCUGGCUUCAUCUAUUGCCCAUAAUAGUGUGGUGGUUUCUUCCCUUAAACUCGCUCCUCGUACCUUUCUCUUGCCAUAGAAUAGACCUUGUUUUCAUCACGCUUCUUUUUGUCUAUGCGAUACAACAUGUCGUUAUACCUUAGGAUUGUCCAAUAUACCCAGACCUGUUGGUCCGCGAU